AUGGGUAAAACCAAUAUCGGAGAAGAGCAAGAGGAGACGCACUUGACUCUCGCCAAAAUUUCUGGCAUUGUGGAGAAUGGUGACGUAACCUCUGCCGCGAAGCUGACGUUGCAAAAUGCCGGAAUAUCCUCAUCAGAUGACCUCUACUCCAUGAAAUCACUACAAAGUUUGUCACUGGCCGGGAACAAGUUGAAAGAGUUUGAUUUUUUAACGCAAAACUACAACCUCACGGUGCUAGACCUAUCUAGAAACCGUAUUCAAAAGUUGCCUAAUAUGGCAAACUUUACCAAUCUUACGUUGCUCAACCUCGCUAACAACGAAAUCAGUGAUAUGACACCUGUUACAUGCCUGAGCAACCUUAAGGUCCUCAUCCUCAACAACAACAAGAUCAAGGUUAUGUGCAAUCUCAGCAAACUUGAGAAUCUGGAAACUAUAAUCCUUAGUCAUAACGACAUUGAUACUGUAAAGCUGCCAUUGAAAACAAUGUGGAAACUGAGGAAAAUCACACUCAGUCACAAUAUGAUAAGGGAGUUUCCGCUGACGGACAAAGUUCCGACCUUGCAAGAGCUCCGACUUAAUUCGAACCGAAUACUCGCUCUGCCGCAGAACAUCGAUUGUAUGGCAUCACUAAAGCUUUUAGACGUAGGAAACAAUCGCAUAGUUGACAUGAAACCUUUGACAAAGCUUCACAAUCUACAAAAUUUGAAUGUUUUCGGGAACCCGGAGCCGCAACUCAAAUUAGAAGAUAUCAAACCUCAUUUGCCAUUUCUCAAGGUUUUCAACUCUACUAAUCUGGUAGGAGGCGGCAGCUCCAAAAGGAAUGCAGCUAGAGUUGUGAAAGCUACUGAUGUGUUGAAAAAACGCCGGGAUGUGCCGGAAGCAGAGAGCCAGAGGAACAAACAGCCGAAGAAGAUAAAAGUUGCGAAAGGGAGAAAGAUGCACGACCAUUGA